UCAGCCUUUAACAUCCUAGUUUGGAUAUCGAAGUAAAUUAUGGUAUGUCAUACCGAUCCAAACAAGAUGGUACAGGAUGUAUUGUAUCAGUUUGAUACUGAUAUUUGAUAUAGGCGGUAUACCGAGUGAAUCAGAUGGUACAGAGUAUAUAAUACUGUGUUGGUUUGGUGCUAAUAUCCGAUAUGGGUCGAUACGCUAAAAAAAUUUUAUAUCGCGGUCAAGUAUUUGUAUUUGUAAGGCUUAAGUGUUUUAUUUUUUUUGGGGUUAUUUAGCAGUCUUUUAUUUACAUCCUGGUUUUGAUACUGAAAUAAACUGUCAAGUGUUUGUGCUUCAGCAGUCCUUUAUUUACAUCCUGUGUUUGUAGCGGUGGUGUUGCUCCUAAUUACAACAAAGUUGCCGAGCUGAUCUCUUAGGGGAUACUGGUUAUUAAGUUAAAUGAAACAUCCAGUGAUUUUAACAAUGCAAGCCCUGAUGAACAAGGAACGAAAGAAUUAGAAAUUAGAAAAACGUAGCCGCUGGAAGGUACGAAUAUUUUACCAGAUGACAGUUGCUGCUGCAUGAAGCCGAUUUCAGUAUCCAAUCCAUCACUCUCCUUUCUCUCCUUCAUUCUCUGCUUUCCAUGCGCACUUGUAAUCCCCGAUUCUUUCCCUCGAACCGCCCGCUAGUCUUGGAGGAGUUUUUCCGAUCUUUUUAACCGCGGCCGAGUUCGGAUCCCCGCACGCCUUAGCAGGCAGCUAAGGUGACUUAUACCCCAAAUAACUCGUUGGUCAGACUGCCAAUUCUCAGGCUAUACUAGAUAAGUCCUUGCCGGAUGCCAGCGGUUAGCUCACCGUAAACGAAGCCGGAGCCACCUUGUUAGGCCUCGUGGAGACUGUUAUCCGUGCGGAGUUUUGUGAUCUCUAAAGUUCAAAUAGAGAGGACAAAAGCACAAACACCUGGUAGAUUUGCGUGAUGCUGGGAUGCGGAGGACUUCUCCAUUGCUCGCCUCCUUACCCGUCUCAUCUUCAGCGAGAGAUGCUGCUACCUUUCGAAGGAAAGGUGCAUCAUCUUCUCGUGAAACCGCCCCCGAUAAUAACAUCCGGGGUGGAAACUCUCGGUUGGAAAGCCUGGCGAUCGAACGAUGUCGAUCAGAGGCUCUUACGAUCGAAGACGCGCUCGAUUUGUUCGACACUGCAGCGAGUGCUAGCCCGAAGCCCUCCAACGCCGUCCUCAACGCCGUCCUCAACGCCGUCCUUCGAAUGAAGCAUUACCCAACUGUUCUCUCUCUAUAUAACAAACUAAAUCAAAUGCAAGGAAUCUCGCCCGGCGUCCACACCUAUGGAAUCCUUAUCAAAUGCUGUUGUCGCAUGAAUUGGGUGGAUUUGGGCUUCGGCGUAUUCGGGGACCUCCUGAAACGUGGCCAUUUCCCCGACGCCAUAAUCUUCAGAGCUCUUGUCCAUGGCCUCUGCUCCGAGAAUAGGAUAAGCGAAGCAGCCAUGGUGUUCGAUAGAAUGUCUCUGAUGGGAUGCCAACCUGAUGUUUCCACAUACAAUGCUCUCAUCAAGGGGCUGUGCAGUGCUGGGAGCAUGGGCUUGGCACUGGAGCUGCAUCAGAAAAUGGCAACCUUGGGAAGUUGUUGCAAGCCUGAUGUGGUUACGUAUAACACAAUUAUCGACAACCUUUGCAAAGAGGGAGCUGUAAGCAAGGCUCUCAAACUGAUCGAUGAAAUGACUAAUGCCGGUGUUGCCCCGGAUGUUCGCACUUACAACAGCAUUAUUCAUGGGCAUUCGACUUUAGGCCACUGGAAAGAGGCAGUCAAUAUUUUCAAGAAAAUGGUCGAUCGAGGCCUUUCGCCAAAUGUGGUGACAUAUAGCAUGCUGAUGGAUUCACUUUGCAAGCAUAAAAAGACUGCAGAAGCUCAUAAACUGCUUGAUUUGAUGAAUGAAAGAGGUGAAAAACCUAACGUAAUCUCAUAUACUAUAUUGGUGCAAGGAUAUUGUCAGGAGAGCCGUCUUGUAGAUGCAAUUAAAGUCUUUGACUCCAUGUCAGGUAAAGGUCUAUCUCCUAAUUGUCAUACAUACUCUGCCUUGAUUAAUGGAUUCGUCAAGAAUCAAAAAAUGGAUGAGGCUGUGGAGCUAUUCAAGAAGAUGCAACAACAAGGUUUGAAGCCUGAUGUUGUUACCUAUAGUACUGUACUAGAUGGACUAUGCCACCUUGGAAGAGUGGAGGAUGCUGGAAGCCUUCUUGAUGAGAUGGUGGCACAAGGGAUCCACCCAAAUGUAAUCACUUACAACUCUAUAAUAUGUGGGUUUGGUAGACUUGGGAAGUGGAAAGAAGCUUUUCAGUUGCUUAACGAAAUGAGAGAGCGAGGAAUCCAUCCUAACAUCAUGACACUCAAUGCAUUGAUUGAUUUCAUUUGUAAAGAAGGAAAGGUUCAAGAGGCACAUAGAUUAUUGGAAAAGAUGAUUAGUGGGGGCAUGGAGCCUGAUGUUUUUACUUAUAAUACACUAAUGGACGGUUACUGUAUGGUGGGGCAAAUGAAUGAUGCAGUGAGAAUUUAUGAUUCAAUGGUUUCAAAAAGCCAUAAGCCCAAUGCUGUAACAUACAAUAUAUUAAUUGAUGGAUAUUGCAAAAGGUGGAGGAUUGAUAAGGCUCUGAAUCUCUUUAAUGCAAUGCCUCGUAAUGGAGUGCAGCAUACAACAAUUGUAUACAAUACCAUAUUAGCUGGAAUGUACCGUGUUGGUAGGGUUGCUGAUGCUGAAAAUUUGUUUGACAAGAUGCUUGCUGCUAGAGUAUGUCCAGACCUUUACACAUACAACAUAAUCUUGGAUGGGCUUUGCAGAAACCAGUGUAUUGAUAAAUCUAUGAAGCUAUUUCAAGAUGCGUUAUCAUCUGAUGUUAACCUAGACAUUAUCUCUUUCAACACCCUAAUUGAUGGAUUGUUUAAUGGUGGUGAGAUCAAUGAAGCCAAAAAUCUUUUCAAUACUAUCCCUACCAAAGAUUUGAAGCCGACUAUUGUUACAUAUACCAUAAUGGUGAAAGGACUAAUAAAGGAAGGGUUGUUUGAUGAGGUUGAUUAUUUGCUCUUGCACAUGGAGAAAUCUGGUUGUCCUGCAGAUUCUGUCAUGCUCAAUGUCAUGGUUCGUUGUUUGCUGGAGAAAGAUGAGAUAGAAAAAGCAUUGGAAAUUAUUAGAAAAAUGAAGGAGAAAAGCUUUUCUUUUGAGGCAUCAACUGCUUCUCAGAUAUUUGAGGUGUUAUCAAAGGAUGGACAAUAUCUUGAUUAUCUGAAGUUGCUUCCAGAUUUUACCGGGCACCCAAAGUGAUGAAGUCACCAUGGAUCAUUAAUAAGAGUUUGUUAAUAAUUGUAUAACAAAUGGAUACUUCAACUAAGUUGCAUUUUUUUUGUGAGAUCUGAUUCCAUCACUUGCAUUGACAGGCUAUUAAAUGAAAAUGUAGCCUCGAAGGCCAGCUCUUUUAGGAACUAUGGUUAUGGAAACAGGAACCAUAUGUCCGUGGGUCUAUUCCAGUGGUUCUGCCAGUGAACUGGAGAAAUCAUGGUUAUGGGAAGGGCUGCGCCGAAUGAUUUCCAUCUGUCUUGGGUGAUGAGCACCAUCGAGCAGGCUAGCCAGGCAUCUGAAGGUGGUCAUGCUUUCUUUUGAGCAGAUGAAGGGAUGAGUUCUACAUGUCCUUCGAAGAUAAUGGUAGGGGUGAAUCUGAAGGGUGAAAUGCACAAGUCUGCUAUGACCAGACUGAUUGAAGGAUUGAGCUGAUAUUUGGUGUGGACUGCAGCUCACGUGUGCCUCCAGUAUCCAGUGGGACAAGUUAUGAAGAUGGUGAUCCAAAUUCAUGCAGCGAUUCCAGAUUGUGAGUUUGGUAUAACAGGCACCUUCAGUUGCAGUGAUGAAAUAGACCAGUGGCAGUGAUCAAUUGGUGUUUUCAAACUCAAGCUGGCACCUGCAUUACCACCUUCAGUUAGAGAUCACAUAACAACCCGUAUGAGACCAUAAUAUUUUUCUUUAUUAGCAUGAUUCUGUUUUGACUCGUAUUAUUUUUUUUGUUAGCAUGAUUUUGUUAGAGUGAUAUUAGGGAUCACAUAACAAACCGUAUCAGGUCAUAAUAUUUUUUUUUUCGUUAGCAUAAUUCUGUAUCAGCUUGUAUUACUCUUCUUUAUAGAAUCUGUACGCUAGUAUAUAUAAUCCCUGAAAUGCAUCGAAUGUAA